GGCAGGGCCGCGGUGCACCUGGCACUGGCAGCAGCAGCAGCAGCAGCAGCGCAGCUCGGCAGUGUGCUGGAGGUGGCCGAUAAGGGCACCGUGACGCCCUCAGCCUUGUGAAGGGGUUUGGCUGGCAUCAUGACCUUGUGAUAGUGACUGAUCUAAUGUGUGGUGAAGCAUAGUACUUGGCCUCACAUUAGGCCACACUGGAUUGUCAUGUCCUGUGCAUGACAAGUUACAUAAGGUUUAUAGACACCCAGAGAGUGACAGAAGUGCCAGGAUGGGGCCUGAGGGCUCAGCCUCCUUCCUGCACAUGGGGGACCAUGUCUCCCUGUAUGCUGAGGGAAGUGUGUCUGGAUUCAUCAGCACCCUAGGGUUGGUUGACGCUCGUUGUGUGGUGAGCCCGGACGCGGGGGAUCUCACCAACCCUCCCAAGAAGUUCAGAGACUGCCUGUUUUGCAUCUGUCCCAGCAAUCGCUACUCGGCCCAAAAGCAGUUCUGGAAGGCAGCAGCCAAACACAGCGACAACUCAACCACAGACCCAAGUCUCUUGCAGCGCCUUCAUCAUGCGGCAGAGACAGAGAAGAAGCAAAACGAGGCAGAGAGCAAGAAGCUGAUGGGCACUAUCAUCAACUACGGGAACACCAUACAGCUGCUACAUCUGAAGUCCAACAAGUACCUGACAGUGAACAAAAGAUUGCCAGCUCUUCUGGAAAAAAAUGCAAUGCGUGUGUAUCUCGAUGCCAACGGGAAUGAGGGCUCUUGGUUUUACAUUAAUCCGUACUAUAAGCUGCGUAAUCCUGGGGACCAUGUGGUGGUGGGUGAUAAGGUGAUCCUGAGUCCAGUGAAUGCUGGCCAGCAGCUGCAUGUGUCCAGCACUCAUGACCUCCGAGAUCAUCCAGGAUGCAAGGAGGUCAAUGUGCUGAACUCCAACACUUGCUGGAAGAUAUCCUUGUUUCUGGAGCACCGGGAAAACAUUGAAGGCAUUUUGAAGGGUGGAAAUGUGAUUCGGUUGUUUCAUGCAGAGCAAGAAAAGUUCUUAACCAUGGACGAUUACAAAAAGAAACAAAGCGUCUUCCUCCGAACCACUGGACGCACCACUGCUACUGCUGCGACUUCUAGCAAGGCACUCUGGGAGGUUGAGGUGGUGCAGCAUGACACGACGAGAGGAGGAGCUGGCCACUGGAAUUCUCUUUUCCGCUUUAAACAUUUGGCUACAGGGCAUUACCUGGCUGCUGAGGUGGAUGAUGACCCAACCCCUGACGCCACUCGGGAGAAACUCAGAGAUCCUAAUGGCCCUGUUUACCAGCUUGUCUCAAUACCACUCAGCAAUGACAUCGCAUCUAUAUUUGAAUUGGAGCCGACCACACAGAUACGCGGUGACUCCAUGGUGCCACAGUCUUCCUACGUGCGCCUCCGCCACCUCUGCACAUCCACUUGGGUUCACUCCACGUCGAUUCCCAUUGACAAAGAAGAGGACAAGCCUGUCAUGUCAAAGGUUGGUUGUGCCCCUAUCAAAGAGGACAAGGAAGCUUUCUCCUUGGUUCCAGUCCAUGCUAAGGAAGUCAGAGAUCUAGACUUUGCCAAUGAUGCAAGCGAGGUGUUGGCCAAGCACGCUAAGAACCUGGAGAAGGGCACCAUCACACAAACUGAGAGAAAGUCCCUGAUGCUGUUGUUGCUAGAUCUAGUGUACUUCACAGCUGAAAAAGAGCAUGAACAGAACAAAAAUGAGAACCUAGCCCUUGCACUGGAAAUAUCAAAUCCCAACCGAGACAGGCAGAAGCUUUUGCGAGAACAGAGCAUCCUAAAGCAGAUAUUCAAGAUCCUUCAGGCCCCCUUCACAGAGACUCAGGGAGGGGAUGGUCCUCUCCUCCGCAUAGAUGAACUUAAUGACCAACGUAACGCAGCGUACAAGACAAUAUUUCGCCUGUGUUACCGUCUGCUACGCCUGGCUCAGCAGAACUAUCGCAAAAACCAAGAGCACAUUGCACAGCACUUCGGGUUCAUGCAGAAGCAAAUUGGCAUUGAUAUUCUGGCAGAGGAGACCAUCACCGCUCUCCUCCACAAUAACCGCAAACUGUUGGAGAUCCACAUCACUGCCACAGAAAUAGAAACCUUUGUGGGCUUGGUUAGGAAAAACAUGCAUAAGUGGGACUGGAGAUUUCUGGACUACUUGAAGGUUUUGUGUAUCUCUAACAACCAAGCCAUCCCCCGUACUCAAGAGCUGAUCUGUAAGAGUGUGUUCAGUGAGAAGAACAAAGACAUCCUUAUAGAGACCAGGUUGGUAGAGGAGGAGGUGGAAGUGGAGGAGGAUGUUGACGGCAGUUGCUCCAUGUUGUCCAUCGAGCAUGAAGAGGAGGUGGUGCUGACCUGGAAUAAUGGACUUUGCUCCAAGUCCAUCGUCGACCUCGCAACACGUGCCGAAAACCAGAACGAUGCUGAGGGAUGCGAGGAUCGGCUCAUCCUGGAAUAUUACCGCCACAUGCUGGAUCUCUUCUCCAACAUGUGUCUUGACCGCCAGUACCUCGCCAUCAAGCCCCUCUCGCCACUCCUCAAGAUCAACCUUAUGCUUAAAUGCAUGGAGGAAGAGUUACUCAGCUACGACCUGCGCGCCGCCUUCUGCCGCUUGAUGCUACACAUGCACGUGGAUUGUGAACCUCAGGAGAUGGUCACCCCCGUCAAGUAUGCUCGCCUGUGGUCUGAAAUACAACCUCACAUGUCGAUCUCGGACUAUGAUAAACAUGCAGCUAUGCACAGUGCAGAGGCAGCCGAGACCACCUUCAAAGACGUUAUUAUGUUUGUGGAGGAAUACCUGUGCAAUGUUGUGGACAAGAUGUGGAGCUUUGCCGACUGUGAGCAGAAUAAGCUAACCUUCGAGGUGGUGAAGUUGGCCCGAUAUCUCAUCUACUUCGGGUUCUACAGUUUUAGCGACCUGCUGCGUCUGACCAAAACUCUCCUCUCCAUACUGGACUACUCCUUCGACUCGGACACUAAGUACUUUCCGAGCAACCUCCCACAAGCAGUCAUGAGAAAGGAUGCUAGUAAGGAAGAAGUUAAGCCUGAUCAGAUAAGUAUGUCCUUGGCCUCGGAUCCCUUCUCAGAACAGAGUGCUUUAGCUAGUGACGCUGAGCACCCUCCCCUGACCCCAAAUAUUGAGGUGACAAGCUGUGAUAGUGGUGUUAGUGCUGGCAAAGGGGAUAGUACAAAAGGGACAAGCACAGAAAAAACAGAAUGUGAUCAGAGGAUCACUGAUAAGGGAAUGGAAACCCCUGUGGUGCGAUCAAGGUCCCCUAGCCCUAAGCCAUCAAAGAGGUCCCCUAAGAAGGGGGCAUCGGAUUCAGCAGAAGGGACCACUCGGUGUUUGGUACCACUGGGGCCACGUGCCAGCCCCAAGAAGAAGGCCAGCAACACGGAGAAGGAAGACACCCUCGUCAUGGACACAAAGCUCAAGAUUAUUGAAAUCCUGGAGUUCAUCCUCAAUGUGCGUUUGGACUACCGCAUCAGCUGCCUCCUCUCCAUAUUUAAAAAGGAAUCAGAUGAGAAUCCAAGUUGUCUCACUGGUGACGGCAUCACCCAGGGCCUCAAGAACAAGAACUUGGAAAACAUUUGGUCACAGGCACAGAGCAUUUUUGAUGAAACCUGCCUCCUUGCUGGGGGCGAAAAAUACUGGAAUGCCAGGGAAGAGAACUCAAAUUUGGAUCUGGAUGGUGAGAGUGGCAAGAAGUUUUUGCGAGUGCUGCUUCACCUCACCAUGCAUGAGUAUCCUCCCCUGGUCUCCCGUUCCCUCCAGCUCCUCUUCCGACACUUCUCACAACGGCAAGAAGUUUUACAGAACUUCAAACAGGUUCAGCUGCUUGUACAAGACGGUGAUGUUGAGUCCUACAAGCAAAUCAAGGGUGACUUGGAUGACCUUAGGAACCUUGUGGAGAAGUCUGAGCUGUGGGUAUACAAGUCCCGCAGCACGGACGAGGAGUCCACUGGCGGCACCUCAAAAAAGAAAAAGAAAAAGAAGGAUGAUGAUGAUGAUGAUGAUGGUGAGUCGAAGGCAAAAAAACAUCCACUCAAACUAUCGGCUCAGGAUAAGCAGGAAUCUGCCAUUGAUCUUGGGCUUGGACCCCCAUUAGAACCAGAGCAAGCUGACAACUACAAGCGCAUCCAGCAGAUUCUACUGCGCAUGAACAAGCUGUGUGUGACCCAAUCCAGUCACGGCAACCUUACGCCUCGGAGGAAUGAGCAGCGUCUCCUCCGUAACAUGGGCAUACACUCGGUGGUCCUUGAAUUGCUCCAGAUCCCUUAUGACCACAAAGAGGACAAAAGAAUGAAUGAGCUAAUUGAACUGGCUCACCAAUUUCUUCAAAACUUCUGCCUGGGUGACCGUCCCAAUCAAGCUCUUCUUUACAAAAGCAUCGACCUUUUCCUCAACCCUGGUUUACUGGAGGCCAAGACCAUAUGUGCAGUGUUCAAGGACAACUCCCAUCUCUGUGGAGAAGUGUCAGAGCGGGUGAUACAGCACUUUAUUCAUUGCAUUGAAACUCAUGGUCGCCACGUUCAGUACCUCAAAUUUCUGCAAACAGUGGUAAAGGCGGAGGGACAGUUUCUCCGCCGCAGCCAGGAUAUGGUCAUGCAAGAGUUGGUCAGUGCUGGGGAAGAUGUGCUGGUUUUCUACAAUGAGCGAGCAUCCUUCCACACAUUUGUAGAGAUGAUGAAGGCUGACCGCAACAGAAUGGACUUUGAUGAGAGCAGUGCCCUCAGGUACCACAUUGAGCUAGUUAACCUCCUGGCUGAGCUGACGGAAGGCAAGAACGUGUACACAGAGAUAAAAUGCCACAGUCUCAUUACCCUUGACGACAUAGUGUCCGUGGUGACACACCCCGAGUGUAUCAUCGAGGUCAAGGAGGCUUACAUCAAUUUCCUGAACCACUGCUACAUUGACACGGAGGUGGAGAUGAAGGAGAUCUACAACUCUCAUCACAUCUGGAGCCUCUUUGAGAAAUCUUUCCUCGUGGACAUGGCUCGUGUUGCUACUGCACCUCCAGACCGACGUCAUGCUGAUAAGGCUCUUGAAAGUUACGUGAUCAACUCCCUCAUGACCAUCAUCACCACAUUCUUCAACAGCCCUUUUUCAGACCAGAGUCAGACUAUCCAGAAAUACCUGGAUGAGGCCCGCGACUUCUGGGGACAACCUUAUUCUCAGCAGUACAGUGCAGAAACCAGGCAGCCAGUCUUUGUCCAGCUGCUCCAUGCGGUGUACAGAGUGAGUCAGGCUGUUAUGGGGCAUCAGAGGGUCAACGUGGAGAACUGCAUCAGAACUCUAACAGAAGUGGCCCGCAAACACAACAUCUCCAUCCCAGUGGAUUUGGAGGCGCAAGUAGCGAGCAUGUCCCAGCGCACCACCAACAUCAUGACCCGCACUGCUUCAAAAUGGAGCACCCGCGCCACUCGACGAGACGCUUCUUCCACUUCGCCGGACAGUGACUAUAUGUACGAGGACGAAUUUGAUCAGCUGUCAGGGAGGAUGGAUCACCUAGUGAUUGAGCAAGAUUUCAACUCAGUAGUGUCUGUGCUGGAGUCAGAGCUGCAGCCCCUGGUGGCUGCAGAGCUGUCUGUGUUGGUGGACAUACUCUACCAGCCACAUCAUCUCUUCCCACCAGACAGUGACGCCAGCAUCAAGUGCAAGAAUGGGGGUUUCAUCUCCAGGCUCAUCCGUCACUGUGAAAAACUUUUAGAAGAAAAAGAUGAAAAGCUGUGCAUUCAAGUACUCAAGACUCUCAAAGACAUGAUCACUGAUUCUGAGUAUGGAGAGAAGGGAGAUGCUCUGAGGAAUUUGUUGCUGGCAAGAUAUUUUGACCAGUACCCUUGGUCCAAGAAGGAAGCAGCAGAACUAAGAGCCAAACAGCCUUCUAAUGCUGGCCCAGGAGAUGUGGUUCUGCGAAGGUCUGGAAAGUCUUUAUCAGAGGUCCAGUGUGACUUGGCCAAGAAGGGAGCUGCAGUAUUAGUGGUUGACCUGGUGAUGAAAAGCCAGAAUCGCCACCGCAUCUUUGUGGAGGCAGUGGAGUUGGGGAUUGCUCUACUGGAAGGUGGAAACAGAGAGAUCCAAGACAUGUUGUAUGACAAGCUGAGAGGCAGUGACAAGUGCCAGAACUUCUUCAAGGUUUUUGACAACAAGAUGGAGGAAGCACAACAGGAGAUACGAAACACUGUCACUGUCAACACCUCAGACCUCAGCACCAAGAACAAUGACGAGAAGGACGGAGUCAAAGAGGGAGAGAAAUUCAACAGGAAACGAGGUCACAAGCCUAAUGGCCUGGUGAUGAAUGACCAGAUUCGUGAAGAGCUGUCAGAGGCAGCACACAUGACUUCUCAGGCAUACUCCAACAUCCGUGCUGGCAACACAGGAGAUGAUAGCAAUUCCUGCUUGGGCCUGAACACUUUAGAAGAAGCAGGAGACAGUUCAGGGGGUCGGGGAAGCAAAGACUCCUCUCCUGAAAACCCAGACCUCUCACCAAAGAUCAAAGUGAUGGAGCCUGUUUUGCGGUUCCUGCAGCUGCUGUGUGAAAAUCAUAAUCUUUUCCUUCAGAACUUCCUAAGGAAUCAAAAGACCAAAACCAACUACAACCUGGUGAGCAAGACCCUCUUGUUCCUGGACUGUAUCUGUGGCUCCACCACUGGAGGACUUGGGCUGCUGGGACUCUACAUCAAUGAACGCAAUGUCUCCCUCAUUAACCAGACACUUGAGACUCUUACAGAGUACUGUCAGGGCCCGUGUCACGAGAACCAGAACUGCAUAGCUACUCAUGAGAGCAAUGGUCUGCACAUCAUCACUGCUCUCAUUCUGAGCGACAUCAACCCUUUGGCCAAAACCCGGAUGGACCUGGUUCUGGAGCUGAAAAACAAUGCUUCUAAGCUGCUGCUGGCCAUCAUGGAAUCCAGGGCAGAUUCAGAAAAUGCUGAAAGGAUCCUCCAAAGCAUGCACAUAGACCAGCUGCUGGAUGUGGUGAGCACCCUCUACCACCAGGAAAGUGUUGAUGAUGAUGAAUUCUUUGAAGAAGGAGCCUCUGAGAGCGAUGAUGGUGUCUCUCCAAAAGAGGUGGGACACAACAUCUACAUUCUGUGUCAUCAGCUGGCCAAACACCACAAGGGCCUGGAGGAACAGCUCACCAAGAGUGCAAAUGAAAAAUUAAGCAAUGCACUCACUCACUACAGAAAAAACACAGCUCAGAUUGAGAUUGUACGGCAUGACCGCACUAUGGAGCAGAUUGUGUUCCCCAUCCCUGAAAUCUGUAAUUACUUGACCCGUGAAACCAAACAGCGAGUCUACAAUACUGCUGAGAGGGAUGAGCAAGGAACGAAGGUCACCGAUUUCUUUGAAAAGUGCAAUGACAUGUUCAUAGAAAUGCAGUGGCAGAAGAAACUCAAAGGCCAGGCAGUACUCUCCACCAUUAGCAAUUAUAUGUCCCUCUGGAGCCGGUUGCUCUUCCUCCUUGCUCUCAUGAACAACCUAAUUGUGGCCUUUUUCUACCCUUACACCAACCACCUACCAAGUAUAAACAGUCAUCUCAACGGCCUCCUCUGGGUAGCUCUUAUCAUCAUGCUGGCAAUUGUUGUAAGCUUUCAAAAGAAGAUAUUAAUGUACCUCCUGGGUUGUGUCUCCAUAAUGCGCCUCAUCUUCUCAGUUGGGCCGGAGCCAACCCUCUGGCUCCUUGGUAGCGCAAAUGUGCUGUUGAAGGGGAUUCAUCUCGUCAGUCUCAUGGGCAAUAAAGGAACUUUUGCCAAGCGGUUAGACCAGCAGGUGACCGAUGGAGAGUUGCUGUACCACAUCAUAUACUUGGUGUUCUGUGUCCUCGGACUGUCAGUUCACCCCUUCUGCUACUCUGUUCUAUUGUUUGAUGUGGUGUAUCGGGAAGAGACGCUCCUCAAUGUGAUUCGCUCUGUGACGCGGAAUGGUUGGUCCAUCGUCCUGACGGCAGCGCUGGCUCUGAUCCUGGUGUAUCUGUUCUCCAUCAUUGGCUACAUGUUCUUCAAGAAUGACUUUGUUGUUGAUGUAUCAGACAAUGAAGUUGACUGGGACCUUGUAAAGCGGCACAUAACUGAACGCGUGGAGCACUACGCGCACGUGAGCACACGUGGGGUGGAGUCACAUGGAGUACGAACAGCCAAGGAGGAGGCCUGUGAGAUAGGAAAGGAUUGCUCUGAGGAAGAUGACUCUGCUGUUCUCUGCAAUGUGGUGGACAGCAUCACAAAAGAAGUGAUGAAGGAAGUGGAGGAUACCAAGGAGGAGGCUUGUUCCACUCUCCUUAUGUGCAUUGUUACUACACUGAACCACGGCCUGCGCAGUGGUGGAGGCAUUGGAGAAAAACUGCGACCCCCAUCCAUACAGGAGAACCUGUUUGCUGCAAGAGUCAUCUAUGACUUGCUGUUCUUCUUCGUGGUUAUCAUCAUAGUCCUGAACCUUAUUUUUGGUGUCAUCAUCGACACCUUUGCUGACCUCAGGAGCGAGAAACAAAACUCUGAGGAAAUACUUAAAAACUCUUGUUUUAUCUGUGGUCUGACAAGGGCCAGUUUUGACAAUAAGGCUGUGAACUUUGAAGAACACAUUACACAUGAGCACAACAUGUGGCAUUACCUGUAUUUUUAUGUGCAAGUCAAUGUCAAGGAUCCUACUGAGUUCACUGGUCCAGAGAGCUAUGUGUACACACUAGUCAAGGAAAAAGAUUUAAACUGGUUUCCAAGAAUGCGAGCUAUGUCCUUAAGCAUUGGGGAAACAGAAGGAGAGAUGAAUGAAGUGAGGCUGCUCAACACAAAACUGGACCGGACUCAGAAAUUGGUGGACAGUCUUGUGGAGCAGCUGUCAGAGCUCAAAGAGGAAAUGACAAAGCAGCAGAAAUACCGCAAUCGCCGUGGCUUACUGGGGCCAGCGAGUACCUACAACCCCCACCAGUAUCCCCAGGGAGGAGCCAUGGACCUGAUCACCCAGUAUCCGUAAUCAUCUUGUUCAUUCUCACCAGUGAUGUCACAUACUCAAAUACUCCGUUUAUAUUAACAUUCUCUCUCUCUCUCUCUCUAACACACACACACACCAAUAAAGUAACAUCAUUACACUUUACAUUAUCAACUUAUCAGUAUAAAGUGUUUCCAUUUUUUUACUCAACUUGUACACACAUGUACUUGAUAUGUGGUCUUCCAGUUCCAAUACACCAUAAACUUAAAAUUAAUGACAUCAUCAAAACUAUAAUCCCUUAUUACCCAAGUGCUCAAACUGCUGAAAUGAAUUUGAAGUGGAGAACUUUACAUAGUGAUGCUCAUACUUGAAGCAUGCAUAUAAAUUAAUAAUGCUUAAAAGGUUUUUCUGAUUUCAGCAAAAUAUGAUACAAAACACAAUACUAUUCAUGCAGUUGCAUUUAUGUAGUUAUGAAUGUAUGAUGACUAAAAUUAUGUUUUUAUAGAUGUAUUUUGCCAUACACCUUAUGGAAUACAAAUGUACAUAAGUUUAUUCAUAUUUAUUAGUAUAAAUUUUGCUUGGAAACCCUCCAAAUCCAAUUUAAAUACAGAUUUCUUUGAGUAAUUAGCAAUAUAAAUAUUGAUAGCUGGUUUGCUUUCCCAACUACUGAUGUGAUAAUUCAGCAAGAAAUUCAAAUAUGAAGCAAAACCUUCUGUGUGCAGCCCUGAAAUGAAAUGAAAAUACUACCUAGAGUCCUGUUAAUGUUUACAUUGGGUGGUUUUAUUUGUGAAUUCAUUAAUGUUUAUUUAUUUAUAUCAACAGAUUGUGUGAUGUUCAUUUAUGUUGUAGUAAAGUGACAAGUAGCUAGGGUAAUGAAGAAUGCUUGUUAUACUACUACAAAUAGAGUAAUGCCUUUAGAAAAAUUAUCUAUUAUAUAUAUGUGAUAUAUAUAUUAUAUAUAUCACAUGUAUGAGCUUGGUGUUUCUGAAUAACACACCAGUUGUUCAUAACAUCAAAUACAGCCAGCAGGAUCAAUAAGAUGGAACAGUCACAGCCAAGAGAUGAGUAUAUAGCAAGGUUCAAGUGGUCUGGAUCAUCACAAAAUCUAGUUCUUUAAGGAUUAACUCUCAAUAUCUCAAACAAUACCCUAUGCUGCUGAGUGUGAUCUUGAUACAUGAUCAUGCACAGCAUACUUCAGCUGCUAACUGAUACUUCCUUGACCAUACAAGAUAUGAAAUUGUCUUGAUUGAAACUUUUGACAAGGGGCAAGAAACUAAAAGUUCAGGUAAUAUAUAUGUAUAUAUAUAAAAAAAAAAAGGCUUUCAAACUGAGUGUAUCUACCAGCUUGAGUAUGGGGCCUUUGAAAAACUGAGAUAUGACGUUGAGAAAUUCAUGUAGCUACUCUAGAAUGAAGUGACUGGUCACCUACCUAGCCAUUAUCUUGCCACAAUAUUAUGAAAUAUAAAUUGUGAAAAAGUAUAAUUAAACUUUAGGUGUCUUGCUUUACUUGAAUUUUAUCAAGAUGCUUCUGAAUCAUCAUAAUUUUUCAUUUUGUUUCCACAGUUUUGGUCUCAUACAAUCACCCAUGCAUGUGAUGAUCAGUUGAUCUCAAUGUCUCGGAAGCAUUUACCAGAUACGCUUACUAGCACAUUUAUUUGUGAUUUUACUAUUGACAUACAUCUUGAAUUUAAUAAUAAAAGAUAGAUGAUUCUUUUUUUUUUUUUACUAAAAGCUGCUGUGAAAUUAUUAGAUUGAUAUGGCAAAAAAUUACAGUCGUACCAUAACAUAAGCUGGGGUUAGGUAACUUACACCUAUGGGUUUGAAAAUCCACAGAUAUUUGCUGCCCCCCUUCAAAUAUCUUUUCUUCUCUUUAUGCGCUGGUCAAAGCAUCAGUAGACUUUUCUUGCGGGAUCUAGUUGUCAGCCCCAGCUUGUUAAUGGCAUGGGCAACUUUUGAAUUCGUGACUUUGCGUGGGCAAAUGGGGUGCAAGUCCCACAGUAAUCACAAGGUGUGUGGGGUGGGGUGCGGUGAGACGCGAGAGGUUUGAGUGGCCACUAAAAUGUUCAAGAAAACCCAUAGGUAUCCAAAUCUUUAACUUGUUAAUAUCCACAGGCUACCUCGCGUAUAUUUAAAACCAUAAAUGUUAAAUCCAUGGAGGUUAAGGUACGACUGUAUAGCUGUGAAGCACAUGACUCCCGCAAAGAAGGAAACAUGUUAGUUGUUGACAGACACCAGCCAGGUGUGUACAGAAUGUUUAUAGUGUCUAGCAGUAAUAAAUGAGGUAUAAAAAUAUUUUAUAAAGCCAGAGACAAAAGUGAUAGUAUGUUUUUAAAAGAUCAAGUAUAAUAUAUAUCAGAGCAACAUAGGUCAAGUUUUAAACUCAGUGAAUUCUAAGAUACUUAGAAAAGUCAUGUAAAUUGUUUAUUUUGUACUUUAUUGAUUUAUCAACUAGACUUCUGUUUAGGCUGUAAUCUCUUCAACUUUAGAUGAAAUAUUAACCCCUAAAAUUAGUAUCCAUGCAAUAGUCAAGUGCUUAAAUGUGUGUGUGUGUGUGUGUGUGUGCGCACAGUAAACCCUCCAUAAAUCGGACUAAACAGGGGAGAGACCUUAUCUUAAAUAGCCGAAAAUACGAAAUCCGAGUUUUAAAAUAAGUUAUCCGAACAAGGCUGUUCAGGAGUUGACCAGUGAUUCUGGUCAUCUUUGCAUAAAAGAUUAAGACACCACAGGGAUGCUUUAGUAAAGCAGGGCCAUGUAAAUAUAAAUUUAUACCCUGUAGAGUUCUGUCUUAUGUCACAGGGCGGCAAGGGCGGUUGUAAACAAAGCACGGAACAGAAAAGUAUGGGGCUCAUCAAGCACGUCAGGAAAGCUUGUGUUGGAGUUGCAUCUAGUGUACAGAAAUCUAAGCAAUUGUUCAAUUUGAAAAUAAAUAUAACAAUUCCCUGUGUGUGUGUAUAGGAUCAUAAAACAAAAUCAACUGAUGAGUGACUGCAUUCCUCUUGCACUAUGUCAAUGAGGGCUCAGGAGGGACAUGAAAGAAAGGCAGCCUUUGUUUUGAGAUGACGUGGUCCGGACUUGCGCCAAAUCCCAGGGUAUAGACCAGAUCUUCGACUAAUAUACAACAUCCAUCCAACCACUGUCUGGAUAUGUGCUGUAUAUCAUACAUUUUGGUUCAUUUAUGGAUAUGUGUCUGGAGUCCUGAAAGGGUCUGAUUUAUAGAGUUUACUGUAUGUAUAUAUGUGUGAAACUUUAAAUGUAAAUUAGAUUAAAUUUUAUCAUAAUUAAAAAAAAAUGUAUGUAUUUGCUGUUUUAACCUGCUGCACCAUAUGAUUUUCAACUUUUAGCAAUACUAAUUACUAAAAAUAAUUUUUUCCUCAACACAACUCACAUCAUUCAUCAGCAUGCCACCCCUUUCUCUCUACGUUAUGUCUUAGUAGCCAAAUCUGUAUGCUGGAGCACCAUCAUUGAUGUAUGCCAUUAUUCCUUGAUACCUUUUAGUAAAACUAAUCUCAGAUGAAUCUAUUUUUUGUUCGACAUCGUGAUUAAAAAGUAUACAAAUUUUAACCUAUAUUCAUGAUUUACAGUUCACAUCAUAAAUACAGGCUGGAUCCCCAAUCUGCUAUACAUUAAUGACAAAACACAAUACCCACCAGUUCUUUAGGGUAUUAAGCACUAAUGCAUUAUCAGCCAUUAAGUAAAGUCAAGUUCUGCAGCUUGCAGCCAUCACACAUCUUCAGUGCUAGGGCUAGGCAGGUACUGUUCAUUUCAAUGCCGUGAGUUCUAGCAAGGCAGUAGUACUGGUAGCAGCGAUGCCAGUACAGGUACUGUGGAGUUGGAAGCAAAAGCAUGCAGCACAGCAAGGUAUAUCUCGGUACUAACAACUGCCAGCAGUUGGUGUCAAUACCAACACAGGAGUGAGUGAGGCCUGUGCCAUGUUGGCUUUGACAAUCUCCGUACCAGCUAGGUCUACCAGAAUGGCUGUGGUACAGGCCCCAAAAGGGGUUUCAUCAACAAGUAUCUCACUAACAUUGUACGCAAGCAGCACGAAGCAACUGUAGUGGUUAGGGGCCAAUUGUUAGCUCUUUCUUGAUAACUGUCAUAAUCUUGGGGGAAGUCUUCUUUGACUCACCAAAACAUGGCUUGACUAUGGGCAUAAUGCCAAUGUCAUCUUUGAAGUGCCUCACCCAUUUCCACACAUAAUGCUCACAAACACCAACUUGCUCAACAAUUUCCUUCAUCUGGUGCCCAGUCUCAUGCAGUACAAUAUUCCAUGCUAUUAUUUCAGAUGUCAAAGUCUUGCCUAGCCUUGUGCAAGCCAGUGCUACCGUUUCAGUUGUCAAAGACUUUUUUUCUAAUAAUAGCUGUGGUACAGGCCCCAAAGCUAGAGCAACUUCUGAUUGAAGAGAGAUGACACUGACCAGCAAGACACAUCCACACAUCAAGCAAGCUACAAUAGCACUGAGGGUGUGUGAUGGGUGUGAGCUGGAGGGCAUGAUGCCACUAAUUGCUAAUGGCUGGCUUAGUGCAUUGAUGUAAAAGAAGAAAAGAAGUGGUGCAGAACUGUUUUUUGUCAUAGAUGUAUGCCAGGCUGGGUGCCCUGCAUAUAACUGUAUAUGAUGGAAUAAAAGUCAGUGUUUUCAUUCACACCAUUGUGUCCUUAUAUAAAGAAACACCUUUUCUCAAGGUGCCAUUUGCAUCAAUGGUAGGCACACCCUCUAUGCAUAUUCAAUCCCUCACAUACCAACUCUCUUUAACACUCAUCCACUCUAUUGAUCCAUUCCAUUAGUAUCCCUCUGAUAUUCCCCUCCUCAAUCCUGCCCUCAUACACUUUUCAAAGUCAAUCAUUCAUUCUAAUCAUGUGGCCAAACCAUCUCAGAGAGUAAUGUUUCACCUUCACAACCACUACUACCUUUGCUGUUACAAAAAUGAAGAUCAAAGAAUCCCCUCAAGCUAGGUAGCUAAGACCAUAUAACUCUGCUUUGGUUAAUAAAGAGUGCUGCCUUUCACUAAAAAGCUGCAGUAAGGUGGGCUUGACCUCACAACCUCUCAGUUGCAAGCUAAACACCAAAACCACUGAGCCACCCAGCUUCUAAAUCCAUUCCAAAAUAUUUUCACCACUUUCUCCAUCCCAUCUUGACACAUCAUGUACUUCUUACAUAGCUCAUUUCAACUGGGCAUAUUUGUGACUGUUGCACUACAUUCCACGUUCAUGUAUCUGAUUUAGUAUGAUGGAAAAUUACUGAAUUCAAAUAUGUAUGUAUAAUUUUAUAUAAAUAUGGGAUGACAGCAAACACUUCCACAUUGCAUAAAUAUCCACACAAAAAACAGGAUGAAUUUAUUCAUAACCCGUGUGACUCCAUCCGCAGGUAUUUGACGAAGGUAUGCCGUUAAUUAGGAGUUAAAAGAGGAUAUUAAUAAAGUUUUUACAAUUAAUUUCUGCCAUGGUGGUGGUGGUGGUAGGGAGGAGGGGGGAAUGGGAGUCUAUGGCAUAUUUAGGUGAUUAUAUGAUUAAUAAUAUUAUAUGUAUUAAUAUUAUGGGUACGAUAUUAUGAGACUGCUAUUAUCAUUAUCACCCCCCCCUCUCUCUUUCUCUCUCUUCUAACAUAUCUCUAUCUCAGUAAUGCAAUUUCUUAAACCUUUCUUUACAUCCAUGUUCACACUUCUUCCUUUCAUAACUCUUCAGUCCCCCUGCUACCUGUCUGCCCUUCACUGCUCUCACCCUUACCUCUCCUCUGUGCUCCCAUAUUUAUAUAGAAUUAUACAUACAUAUUUGAAUUCAGUAAUUUUCUCCAUCUCUGCCCUAACUCAGUAUUGCUUCCUUCAGUUACCCUAAUCACUGACCUCUAACAGAUCUCAAACACUUGCUUUUCACAGUAAUUCCUGAACCUUCCUUCUGUAAAUCUGCAUGUAAUCACAGUCACACAAUCUCUCACUUGCCAGUUCCUUCCUCUUUCCUUUUUCCUAUUUCCUUUCACUUCCCAUUAAUCUCUUAUCAACAUUUCUGCUACUACUGCAUUGUGGUUAGAACAAUUUAACAUUCCUCUCACAAUUUCAGCACCCAUUGCAUUCUGUUCACUCUUUAAUCUGCAGUUAUACAUAUUCUAUAAUCUAUCAAAGCUCCUCAAUAUUAAUUUUAUACAAGAAUCAUACAUUGAUCUUAUCCAUUUUUUGAUUCUUAAUUGUUAUUCUUGAAUUUUUGUAGGAUAAAAUGUUUCAUAUAUUCAUAACUGAUUUAGGGUGAAAGUCAGUUAAUCCAAAUUCCACUUGCCCCAAAAUAUCUUUAGUCUAAAUUUUGAAGACAGAAAAUUAUAAUCUGAAAAAUCCAACAACCCAAAUUCUUAACUGCAAGAAAUCAUUCCAUGAAAAUAAUUACAAUUGUCUGAAUACUGGAAUGCAGAUUCUGCUGUGUUUUAACUCAACCUAAAAUGCCACCCAAACCCAGAAGACCUGGUGAAAGGGUGCAAAGAAAAAAAGUAAGAAAACAUAACUGUUAUCUGGGAUUAUGCAUAAUAUAUUAUAAUCUACUGGCUCAACAAAGCAAUUAAACUGUCUAAAUUGAAAAUUUUGUGCAUUUAUAGUAUAGUAGAUAAACAAAUAGCAUAUAUUGAUGUUUGACAGUAUUACUCUAUAUACACAUUUAUAAGGCAUUUAUAAGGAUUUGCAGCAUUCAGUGGUCUAAAAACUAACUGAACAGAUGUUGGAUAACAACUAUUUGGUUUAAAGAACUUUUACUGUAAUAACUAAUGCAAUUUCAUUUUGCAGCAAAAUGAAAUUUCUAAAGCUUCCCUUGUCCCUAGCUGUACUAAAUCUACCUUUUAAUCUACAAGUUAAUUUGAAUUCUAUAAGAUAGUGUCACAAUAGACAUUUGAAGAUGUUUACCCAAGAAUGCACGCAGUCAAGAUUGCCGUAUUAGUAUGGAUGCCCCAUUUCUAAGGUUACUUCAAAAUUUAUUAUGGAAAAUAGUUAUCUUUUUAUCGUUUCCUUCACUACUUUAAACGUGUAAUAUAACAAGUUCUGGUUUGUCUGCAGAAAAUGCUCAAUUUUUCGCAUAUGUAUAAAUCGUAAAGUUGCAUUUUCUUGUAAAGUAUUCCAUAUAUUUUGACCAAGAAUGGUAUUACUUAAGUAGCUUUAAAAUACAGUAUAUAUAUGUAAAACUGUCAUAGAGAAAUUAUUUUUUGUUCAGGGAAAAAGUAAAUUGUUCUGCAAAAAGUCUGUCAUAAUAUUACUUUAGCUUGACUGUGAUAAUACAGUGUAAGAAGGGAUAAAGUGAAACUGGGUAACCGUAAGUGACAUAAUUUGAUUGCACAUUCAGUUUGAAAUAUAUGAGUGAAGGGAGAUUCUCACAUCUUUGUCAAAUUUUGCAUCAAAUGCAUUAGAAUGUAAAACAAGAAGAUUUUUUUUUCAGGAACAACCUCAAAUUCAAAACUUACUACAAUUUAUGAGAAGGUUGCAAAUGUCCUCUAUUGUAUUUUUUCUUCAAAUAUCUGCAGUUUCACCUCUAAGUAGCAUAUUCUUUGUAUACUUUAUGAAUCAAUGAGGUGGCAAAUUGCAUCUCUUGUCCUGAACACUAAAGACAUGAUAUAGUUCUCACUUAACAUUCUUGCAGACUGGAAAAUAACAUUUAGUAAAUUUGAACUACACAUUACCUAUCUACCCAUACACACACAUGUAUGUAUGUAAGUAUGUAAGUGUGUGUGUGUGUGUGUGUGUGUGUGUGUGUGUGUGUGUGUGUGUGUGUGUGUGUGUUAGACCUGUUUUUUGGACCUAGUUCUUGCCAAAACACUAGAUCUCUGGAAUUAAUUUUAAGAAAGAACGUUCAGAGUUUUCUGUGAAAAUUUGAGGCCCAAUUAGUGAAAUAUAUGUCAACCAAGAUUUGUAAUAAUGCUCAUCAUAACCACCAUGGAUGUUUGCCAACUUCAAUUUUAAAUUUUAACAUGCCACACUUUAAAGAUUUGAGAAGUAGGAAUUUGAGUAUAUUCAUGGUUUGAUAAGAAAAAUAUAGCUAGUUCAUAUAAAGAAUGUAGCACACCUGUGGCAUUGGAGGUGACCAUAUAUUUUUACACUAUUCAAAAUAAACACUUUUGACAUUGUUUAAUAUAUAUGUUUUUUAAAUUAUACCCUAGGAAACAUUUGUUCAUGUGUUCAGCAAUGUUUGUAGCAACUUUUGGUGAUGUAUAAGUUAAAUCUUAGGUAAGUAAUGUGUGGAGAUUAUUUAAAUACCUAUAUUUUGAAUGUUAUUGUUAUUGUUAUACUAGUAUAUUUCCCCUGUCAAACAUUGAAAGUGGUGUUAGCUCUUUGGCCAGUAGGGCAUUAUGUGAUGUCAGAAAAUUCAGAGUAUUUGUAAUUUUCUUCAGUCUCCCUUUCAUGCACUGAGGAAAAUAUAAAAAGUUUGAAUUC